AUCGUUCCAGGCAGACGUCUCUACCUGCCUUUACGACCGUGUCGCGAUCCGCGCGCACUAUUUUACGAACUCCACAAUGAAGUGUAUAAAAAUAUGCGCGAUUUUUACUUUCUAUUUAUUAUUUGUAGACAGUACCGAAAUAAAUAACACUGAAGAGCUGAAAGCUCUAGCUGAGCAGAUAGAAAUUAUGAAGGGUCUGCAGUUACAAGAAAUGGCGAGACUCCGGAAGGAAGUUGACCAGCUCAAGAAAAAUCCUCCCUCGCAAUACACUAACUAUAACCGUAAUGAGCAACUGACACUGCAAUGGGCCAAAACCUCCAUGAGCGAGAUACGUUCUGAAAUGCGAGACAUGCGCAAGAGCAUCGACAACUCUGUACUAUUGCGGGAGCUACACGACAUACGCAACAAGCUAAAACAAGCUUUGGUGGAGACUGCUGAUCUAGCACAAUUGGCGCGCACUCAAGAGGCAAGGCUGGAUAAAUUAGAUAGCGAAGUGAGUCGCCUGAAGUACGAAGGUCAACCAAUCAAGAACGCAAUCGCCCAACUUAAGACCCGCGUUGCGAAGCUGGAUAAAGAGGUCAAAACAAAAUUACUCGGCGAUAUGAACACUAACAACUACAACGAGGUCCUGGAGCCACGUGAAGCCCAUCCUGAAGAAGUGAAGUCUGAACACACCCACAAAUACCGACAUAAUAAGAUGGUUCAUACUCAAAUUUCUCGUUUGGCUCGCAGCCAAACCCAGCUCGAUGAGUUGCAGCAGAGCUUGCAGACACAGGUUCUGGACGUGCAACGACGAAUGGAUCGAAUUGAAGAACCUAACUGGAACCUUUUAUCUGCUAAAGUGGAAUUCCUAGAAAUUGAAACGGGUUUAUUGCGGAAUGAACUCAAAAAUACGUCAGAGAAAAUGACUGAUUUGAACAAAGUUCACGCUUCGAUGUUAGAAUUGAGAGAAGAUGUCGAGAGUAUUGAGAAUAAAGCGGACAAAACCAUUCCUGAGUUCAGGAAGGAAAUUUCGAAAUUGGAUAUUAGUUUCGCACAACUCAAUGCUCAAUCGUCAUAUUUGAAGGAGGAUCAAGAGAACUUGCGACAGUCUGUAAAAGCAAUUGCGGUCAGCGUCAGCAAUACCAUCGACCGCGCCGAGUUGGACAGGCUCACCAUGAAGAAAAUUAACGACUCCGUUUGUGAGUUGAAGGCUACGUCUAAACAACACUUCUACCGCCUCAAUGACCAUAUUCUUAAGAGCGAAGCCAAUAAUAAUGAUACCAACGGGACCGAAAUCAUUUCACUGCAUGAAUUGAUGGGCGAAGUAAAGGAGUUGCAACCGGUACAACGGGAAUACGAGGACCUGGUAAGUCAACUCCCUAAGGAUUGCUCAAACAUCACGGGCUCUGACGGCAAGUACUUGAUUCGUCCCGGACAUGCCCCAUUCGAUACCUGGUGCAGCAACGGAAGCACUCUAAUUCAACGGCGAUACAAUGGUUCCAUUGAAUUUAAUAGGAAGUUUGCUGAAUACGUCCAUGGUUUCGGUGACGCCUCCGCUGAAUAUUGGCUCGGUCUGAAGUCCAUGAAUCUGUUGACCGCUGACAACUGCUCUUCAAUGAGGAUUGACAUGAUUGACAUUUACGGUGGGGCCUGGUAUGCUGAAUAUGAACACUUCUCCGUUGGAAAUGCUGACACUGGAUUUGUAUUGGAUGUGAGCGGUUUUAAAGGCAACGCUAGUGAUGCUUUCGAGUACCAAAACCAUAUGGAAUUUUCGGCCAUCGAUCGUGAUAGGGACAUUUCUAACACCCAUUGCGCUGGAAACUACGAGGGUGGAUGGUGGUUCUCUCACUGCCAGCACGUGAACAUCAAUGGCAAAUACAACCUGGGUCUGACCUGGUUUGAUUCUGCUAGGAACGAAUGGAUCGCUGUUGCCUCUAGCGAGAUGCGCAUGUAUCGCCGAAAAGGGUGUUCUUAAAUUAUACAAGAUUUACUUGUUGUAAUAUUCGUAUAUUACCUACUUAUAAAAUCAUAUUAUAUCUGAAUGUUGUAUUACGUUUUAACCAUACCAAAGAUAACAAUAGUAGACUAUGGUACUUACCUAUAAUGUUUGGAAAGACGGGGUUUAGUAGUAUUAGUAGUAGAUAUGUAAUUCAUCUAUCUAGUGAUUAAAAUUUUCUGGUGUAAUGUGCAUUAUAAUAUGCAUUAUAUAUAAAUAUAUGUGUAUAAUUGAAAGAGACAAUUUUUGUUGUAUUAAUUAAAAUUUCAAUAUCUUAUAUAGUAUCCACUCUAUUUACUUUCUUAUAUAAAAACUUUUUGGACUGAUUUUUGCUCAUUUGAUAACUUUUCUAUUAAGUAGGUAUUCUUAUUAAUAUAUAAUUCUGUUUAUGUACUAUUACAUUAUUCGUAUCUAUGUUAUGUUUGUUUUAUUAGGUAUUAUUGUUUUUUUUAUUUCUGUAGGUAGGUACUAUUUUAUCAUGGAGUUUUUAUUCAAAGGCUAAUGAAAAUAACAAAUAUAUUCAUUAUCUACAUAUAUCAAUUUACCAUUUGUCAAUUUGCCUUCUUGUAUGAUUAACCGUAGUUAUUAACCUUUUAAUAGUUUAUUAUUUACAUUAUAUGAGUAAUCAUAGUACAUUUAGUUACGCAUAUAAUGCGUUCUAAGAGCGUUUUAAAAUGUCUCUUUCAUAUAGUCAUCGGUUAAAUAUGAAUUAAAUAUAGCAUUCCAUUUAUCUACGUAGUAAUAUAAUAUUGGUGUCAUCAGUAGUUCUUAAUACCUAUAUAUUGGUGAUUUAGCAAUUAUUCUAUCAUAGGCUAGUAUUGAACCAUAUAUCUUAAAUGAAUUUACUUUAGUAUAGGUAUCAAAAAUAUAUAAGACUGUUCGCAUCAAAUUGUCAUCAAUUUGAUGGUGAAAUAAUGUAAUUGGCGCUCUAUUAUAGUGUUUAUUAUUUUGUAAUUUUAUUUCAAAUUUGUAAAUUUAUUUUUAUUAUUGAAACAUAAUAAUAGUCGAUGGACUAUAUUUAGUUAUUAUAACAUCAAAAUAAAAAUGUUUUCCAGAAACCUAUUACGAGAUUCUGGAAACUGAGGUUCAUGUUAUAGAAUUAAGCUAAUAUAUUCAAUUGAUAAAAUUAUUCUAUUCAUAACUAAUGUAUUCCGUAGAUUCGCCGUUAAUAUUAUAAUGUAAUUGUUAAUUACUUCUUUCUAAAGUCAAAUUUGUGGCAGGUAGAAAGAAGUCAUUUUCAAACGCAUACCUAGAAGUAAUCAGUAAAACAUUUAAUCAAUCAAUGUUAGUGUUCGCUGUUCCAAAAUAAUGUACCAAUGGAUUUAAACCAAAUAAACGUAUAAAGGCAUAGAUCAA